GCGGCGUCUGACGUCCCGCGCGUCGGCCGCGCGGAGCUGCGCCGGGAGCCAGGCGGGCGGCAGGCGGGGUGUGAAGAGAAAGAAAUGACACUGCAGUGGGUGGCAGUCGCAGCCUUUCUUUAUGCUGAAAUAGGACUUAUUUUGAUCUUCUGUCUGCCUUUUAUUCCUCCUCAGAGAUGGCAGAAGAUUUUUUCAUUUAAUGUCUGGGGUAAAAUUGCAACUUUCUGGAACAAGGCUUUCCUUACUAUUAUAAUCCUAUUGAUUGUUCUAUUUCUAGAUGCCGUGAGAGAAGUAAGGAAAUACUCCUCUAUACCUGCCAUUGAAAAAGGCUUAACCACCAGACCUGGAGCCUAUGAACAUGCACAGAUGAAACUUUUUAGGUCUCAAAGAAAUCUUUACAUUUCUGGAUUUUCAUUAUUUUUUUGGCUAGUGUUGAGACGUCUGGUUACCCUUAUUACUCAAUUGGCUAAAGAACUGUCAAACAAAGGAGUCCUCAAAACUCAAGCAGAAAAUACUAAUGAGGCUGCCAAAAAAUUCAUGGAAGAGAAUGAAAGACUAAAACAGCUCUUGAAAAGCUAUGUCAAGGAAGAGGAACACAUUUUGGAAACAGAAAAUAAAAAACUAGUAGAAGACCAGGAAAAACUGAAAACUGAAUUAAAGAAGACUUCAGAAGCUCUUUCUAAGGCACAGACGGAUGUGAUGACAAUGAGAAUGCAAUCGGAGCGACUUUCAAAAGAAUAUGACCGGCUCCUGAAAGAACACUCGGAACUUCAGAAUCGUUCAGAGAGAGACAAUAAGAAAGGCCUGUGAACUUUGAAAGAAGAUUGUGCUAUGUCAUGUGAAGAUAAUCAAUUUGUUACCACGUUAGCCUCUAGAAUAUUUAAAAUUUAUUUUGGAAAAAGGUACUAUUACAACCAGCCAAUAAUUUUUUUAAUGCCACAUAUAGGCUAUUAUCAUAACGGCAUUGUGACAAUAUUUAAUGUUGUUUGGGAUAUAUUGUAAAGUCUGUACUCCAGCUCUCACAUGAAAUGUAAGCAUGAUAAGCACCCUAUUGAGAUGUUGAGAGUAAUACUAGUAUAUGGUUGCUGUUUGCCAAUAAAAGGACAAAUUUGUAACCAGUUACUUCCAAAACUAGAUUUUUAAGUUGAUGAAACAAUUAAUAGCCUUAAAAGCUUUGAUGAGUUUUCAGUAGUAAUAAUAAUAAUAGUAAUAAUAAUAAUAAUUCAUUUAAUGAGAUGAUGAUAAUGCUGAUAUAUUUGAAGAUAAUAUUCAGUAUCAGCAAAUUUGUUCAUAGGGAGAUUAAAUAAGGAUAAAUGAUCAGAAUUAGCCACUGUAUUUAUAAGGAAGAGUUAUAAAGAGCAAAAAAUAAAAACAAUGACCUUAGUUGUUUUUUAUAAGCCUGAGGAUAGUUAACUCUUAUAUUGAUAAUUAUAUUUUUGUUACUGUGCUUCUAUAUCUGUUGGACUGUUUUUGUUGACAUUGGUGUUAACACAUAAUUAGUAGGCAUUACACCUUUUUUAAAGCUCAUUUGGUAAUGAAGUUUACACCUAUAUGCAUAACUGCCAUACACUGAACUUAAAAUUAUUUUACAUCAAUGUGGAAUUCUUGACUCAGAAAGCUAAUGUGUACAUAUCUAACGAGCAAUAUUUCCCAUUAUACAAUUAGUAACUUUUACUAAUUAUACAAGUAUUACCUCAACUAUAUAUACACUGGGGUCACAGCUUCUCUGAGAUGUAUCAGUAUUUUGAAAGUAAAUCUUAAACACUAUUUUUCCAUUCAUAUUCCUUUAGAAUCUUCUGUAGAACAUGAUAGUGACUCAGUAGUAUUAAUGAUUUAGGUUGUUACAGUGUUUAGACAUGAAAGUCACCUUCUUUGUCUCAUCAAGACCUAAAUAUAAAUGAAAGUGUAAAAUAAUGACCAGAGUUUUUACUUUCCCAACA